AUGCCACUCUUUUCGCCAAAUUGUCGUGAUGACAGGAGACAACCUCCGUCACUGAUAUAUUGUUAUGAUAAUAUAUUAAAUAUUAAUUUCAGUGUAGCUGAAUUAAAUGAACAGCAAUGUCGAGAGGCGAUGUUUCAGUUCGUCAGUGAAAAUUGUUGUUACAGUAAGGGCCCGGCUCAGGAAAUGGUUAUAGACAAAAUUAUUCCACAUAAUGCCUUACAUUAUACCCUAGAAACUUUUUGUGAAGGGCGAUCUACUGGGUAUGUUAAUGAACCAUUUAGGGGUGGAAUGAUUGACGGUCCGGAGAAUGGUAUGCCCCCACCCCCAUUCGCUAUACCUUGUAACCCUGACAGUAUGUUUGAUGAUCAUGUCAAGUUAUUAGAGGUACCCCACACAGCCACUGUUCGGCCUUGUCACAUGUGUGAUGCCCGUGGGUGGGUUCGAUGUCGUGUGUGUCAUGGUUGGGGUCAGAACAGAUGUAAUACUUGUGGUGGGGAUGGUCGGGUCACGAGACAUGACCCAGAGAGAGGGUCCUAUCAAGACAUGUGUUUCCGGUGUCACGGAGAUGGACGAGUCAGUUGUAAUCGAUGUGGUGGCGAUGGAAGAGUCACGUGUAAAGAAUGUGACGGUUAUUGUAAUUUAAAAUGUUUUAUUCAAAUGAAAGUUACUUAUUGUAAUCACAAGGGUGAUCAUAUCAUAGAGAAAACUGAUCUCCCGGAUGAAUUAAUAAGAGAUGUACAGGGCAGUGUGGUAUUUGAACAGGUUAUGUUACCGGUAUGGCCCAUAUCAGCUUAUCCUUUAGACGAGAUUAACCAGUGCUCUAAUAAUUUAUGUAAUCAACAUAGAACUGCUUUCCAGACGGAAAAAUACCUCCAACAGAGACAACAACUAAGAGCAGUACCAGUAACAGAAGUUCACUAUAGCUGGGAUGAUAAUAAUCUCAGGUUCUGGGUAUAUGGUAAAGAGAGGAAGGUCUACUGUCCGGAUUACCCCAAACAAUGUUGUUGUACUAUCUUAUAA